UAGUUGUGUAGGCAACAACAGAGUGGCACUCCACUGUUACUAAAUAAAGGUUUCAACUUUGAGGAUAAACCUCACCAGUUCCCUGGUUGAAACGAAGCGAAAUUUCCACCUGCAUCAUCUUCAAACCUGCGCUUCUUUUGAACCGAUUUGUGCUGUUUUGUUAGUGAAGCACAUCGAGUGCAAACUGUCGAACAGGCAUGGCAAGCCUGUUGACAACAUCAGCCAUCACCUAUUCUCCUCUCAACAAUGGUUCCAAGGAUUUCAGAAAGUCAGGGAAUUCUUCUAAAGGAAGGUGUUGCAUAAAAGCAAUGGGGAUAGAGAAAUCCUUGGAGGAAUUGUACAAUGUGAAGGUGGAAAGAAAAGUGUCUCCUGAGAAACUAGCUGAGCUUGGAGUUUCAAAAUGGUCGGUGUGGAAGACUGGGAAAAGCAAGUUGCCCUGGGACUGGCAGGUAGACCAACUGGUGUACAUUGAAGAAGGGGAAGUGAGAGUUGUGCCUGAAGGGAGCAACCGUUUCAUGCAAUUUGUGGCUGGGGACUUGGUCCGUUACCCAAAGUGGUUUGAGGCUGACCUCUGGUUCAACGGUCCAUAUCAAGAACGUUAUAGUUUCAGAGCAUAUGGUGAUGAUCAUUGAUGAGGAGAGAUGAUGCUUGGUAGCCACUUAGAGUAACAUGCACAUCUUAUCUGGGUGUUUAAAGUAAUAGAUCUGUUUUAUAGUUUUAGUUUUCCAGUUCUAACUGUACUACCUAUAUAUUUGAAUGCUUGUGAUACUUUGCCAUCUUAUCAUCUGUUUCAAAUUUAAAUGGUUCAUAUCAAGAACGUUAUAGUUUCAGAGCAUAUGGUGAUGAUGAUUGAUGAGGAGAUGAUGCUUGGUAACCACUUAAAGUAACAUGCACAUCUUAUCUGGAUGUUUUAUGUAAUUGAUGUUUUUUGAAGUUUUAGUUUUCCAGUUCUAAAUGUAUCACCAAUAUAUUGUGAUACUUUGCCAUCAUUUAAAA